AUGGGAAGAGCACCUUGCUGUGACAAGAAUGGACUCAAGAAAGGUCCAUGGACCCCCGAGGAGGAUCUCAUGCUCAUCAACUACAUUCAAACCCAUGGACAAGGAAAUUGGCGAACCCUCCCCAAGAAUGCUGGCCUACAAAGAUGUGGCAAGAGUUGCCGCCUUCGAUGGACUAAUUACCUAAGGCCGGAUAUCAAGAGAGGAAGGUUCUCCUUUGAAGAAGAAGAGACCAUCAUUCAGCUGCACAGUGUCUUAGGAAACAAGUGGUCGGCUAUAGCAGCAAGGCUGCCAGGAAGAACCGACAAUGAAAUAAAGAACUAUUGGAACACCCACAUUAGGAAGAGGCUACUUAGAAUGGGAAUUGACCCCGUUACGCACGCUCCACGCCUUGAUCUACUUGACAUGUCCUCAAUUUUAAGGUCAGCGUUAGGCAACGCAUCGCUUCUCAAUAUGCAAGGCUUAUUGGGUGCCCAAGCGUUGGUGAAUUUGUUAUCUUUGAAGAAUGAGAACAUAUCACAAAUGGUUUCACAAAAUCUACAACAAAUCAAUGCUGGGAAUUGUCAACUACAAAGCCAAGUUGCGCCUCAAGAGUUUAUGAAUCAGUUUCAGACACCAACUCAAAGCAACAACUUGAAUGGCAUAUCAAGUUCCCCAGAGAAUUCGGUUCCUUCCUAUAUUGGGGAGAAUUUGUUUGCUCAACAAAACCAAAUUGAUCUGCUAGAGAGCCCGGAAUUGUUACAUUACUUAAAUAAUGCAAACCAAAACAUGGGCUAUGAAUCAGUUCUUUCUACGCCUUUAUCUACCCCAACCCCAUUAAAUUCUUCAUCUACGUAUGUAAAUAGCAACACGGAGGAAGAGAGGGACACCUAUUGCAGCGAUGUAUUCAAGUUAGAAAUUCCAGAGAGUCUGGACAUUAAUGACUUCUUGUAA